AUGGAGAUGAAAUUACAGGCAGCAGGGAACCUGCAGCAGGCCAUUUUAUCAGAGCUGGAGAUGCACUUUGACUACUUUUAUAGUGUUCAUGAUCGUUCUUCCAUCUUCUGUAUCAUGAAUAUUCAGUUUGAAAUACCUUUUAAUGACAAGGACCCAUGGACUUACUCUACUGAUGACACAAUUCCUAAAAAUUCUCAGAUAAAUACUUGCUUGACAGUUAAUGAUUCUGAAAACCAUGCACAUCCAAAGAUUUUUGAUAAGUACUCAAAGACUUCUUUGCACCAACAUGACCAUAUCAAAGAGAAGCAUUGGACAAACAAUCAAAAAGACCAAAUUCAUUAUGAAUUCUCAAACUGUACUCAGUAUAAUGGAACUAAUACUCAAGAUAUUUAUGAGAGACAAACAGAUGAUGCAUAUAUGAAGGUCACAAUUGAAUCCUCACAUCUAGAGAUGAAUAAUAUAAAGCACAGUGGAACAAAAUUUUGCCAGGUUAAAGACUGUGAUGAGUUUUUUGAUAUUAAUUCAAAUAUAACUGAAAAUGAUUCAAGUCACACUGCAGAAGAGAAACCAUACAGAUGUAAUGUGUGUGGAAAGUCCUAUAACAAACUCUCAUACCUUCACAUUCAUCACCAAAUCUAUACUAGAGAGAAACCUUAUAUAUGUGAUGAAUGUGAAAAGUACUUUGUCCAGUCCUCCAAUCUUCAAUGUCACAAGAGAAUCCAUAUUGGAGAAAAGCCUUAUAAAUGUGAUGAAUGUGGAAAGUGCUUUAGGCAUGGCUCAACUCUUUGUGUUCAUUGGAGAAUCCAUACUGGAGAGAAACCUUAUAAAUGUGAUGAAUGUGGAAAGUCCUUUGUCUGGUCCUACAAACUUCAAUGUCAUUGGAAAAUCCAUACUGGAAAGAAACCUUAUAAAUGUGAUAAAUGUGGAAAGUCCUUUGUCCAGUCCUCCAAACUUCAAUGUCAUAGGAAAAUCCAUACUGGAGUGAAACCUUUUAAAUGUGAUGAAUGUGGAAAAUCCUUUGUCCAAUCCUCUAAACUUCAAUGUCAUAGGAGAAUCCAUACUGGAGAGAAACCUUAUAAAUGUGAUGAAUGUGGAAAGUGCUUUAGAAUUGUCUCAUCUCUUCAUGUUCAUCACAAAAUUCAUACUGGAGAGAAAUCUUAUAAAUGUGAUGAGUGUGGAAUGUCCUUUGUCCAAUCCUAUAAACUUCAAUGUCAUAGGAGAAUCCAUACUGGAGAGAAACCUUAUAAAUGUGAUGAAUGUGGAAAGUGCUUUAGAAUUUUCUCAUCUCUUCAUGUUCAUCACAAAAUCCAUACUGGAGAGAAACCUUAUAAAUGUGAUAAAUGUGGAAAGUCCUUUAUCCAGUCCUCCAAUCUUCAAUGCCAUAGGAAAAUCCAUACUGGAGAGAAACCUUAUAAAUGUGAUGAAUGUGGAAAGUCCUUUGUCCAAUCCUCUAAACUUCAAUGUCAUAGGAGAAUCCAUACUGGAGAAAAACCUUAUAAGUGUGAUGAAUGUGGAAAGUGCUUUAGAGUUGUCUCAUCUCUUCAUGUUCAUCAGAGAAUCCAUACUGGAAAGAAACCUUAUAAAUGUAAUGAAUGUGGAAAGUACUUUGCCCAAUCAUCCAAUCUUCAACGUCAAAAGAGAAUCCAUACUGGAGAGAAACCUUAUAAAUGUAAUGAAUGUGGAAAGUCCUUUGUCCAUUCAUCUAAUCUUCAACGUCACAAGAGAAUCCAUACUGGAGAAAAGCCUUAUAAAUGUGAUGAAUGUGGAAAGUCCUUUGUCCAGUCCUCCAAUCUUCAAUAUCACAAGAGAAUCCAUAUUAAAGAAAAGCCUUAUAAAUGUGAAGAAUGUGAAAAAUUCUUUAGGGAUGGCUCAUCUCUUUGUGCUCAUCAGAGAAUCCAUAAUGGAGAGAAACCGUAUAAAUGUAAUGAAUGUGGAAAAUCCUUUGUCCAGUCCUCCAAACUUCAAUACCAUAGAAGAAUCCAUGCUGGAGAGAAGCCUUAUAAAUGUAAUGACUGUGGAAAGUGCUUUAGAGAUGACUCAUCUCUUCAUGUUGACAGAGUCCAUACUGGGGAGAAACCUUAUAAAUGUGAUGACUGUGGAAAGUCUUUUGUCCAGUCCUCCAAUCUUCAAUGUCAUAGGAGAAUCCAUACUGGAGAGAAACAUUAUAAGUGUGAUGAAUGUGGAAAGUGCUUUAUGCAUGGCUCUUCUCUUCAUGUUCAUCAUAGAAUCCAUACUGGAGAGAAACUUCACAAAUAUGAAGAAUGUGGAAAAUGA